UGCUUUUCUAUCGCAGCAUUAACACCUGUGUAGACAAUAUUUUUUAGCACCUGCAUAAACAAUAUUCGAGUUAUGAGUGUAACAUUCACAGAUUCGCGAACGAAGCUGCACAUUGAUGAUGAUGAUAUAGCUAAAAAAAGAAUUACAACCAAGGAUAAAAUCAUAUUUGGCGCAAUUUUUGCGGUACUUCUAAUAACAAUCAUUAUUCUUGGAUUCAUUUUGUAUGAAACAAAGCAAAACUUGAAUAAAGCCUUAAAGUCAGGUCAAGUUAGUGGAACACCUACAGAAGUAGUUAGAACUACUGCAGAAACUGUAUCAACAACGCAAAAUGUACCCAUUUCUACAGGAAAUGAAAGUUAUAAUAACAUCAGAUUACCUUCUAAUAUUAUCCCAUCAAGUUAUGACAUAUUUCUUGAUGUCGAUAUGUUUACUGAUCAAGUUGAUGGACAAUGCAAUGUUACUGUUGAAGUAAAAUCUCCAACAGAAUAUAUUAUCAUACAUGCUUACAAAUAUGAUUUCUUCGCAGCUAAAAUAAUGUCUGAAAAUAAAGAGAUUGUUCCAAAAAGAACAUUUUUUUUUGAGAAAAAUCAGUAUCAUGUUAUGGAAUUAGGUGAAAAGUUAACAAAAGGAAAAUAUUUUCUUCAUUAUGAGUUUAAAUAUAAACUCAGGGAUAAUUUGAAAGGUUUUUACAAAUCUUCAUAUAAGAGAAAUGAUGGAACAGAAAGUCCUGUAGCUUCUACACAAUUUCAACCAGUUGAUGCAAGAAUUGCUUUUCCAUGUUUUGAUGAACCUGCUUUUAAAGCUACAUUUAAAAUUUCACUGUCACAUUCGAAGACGUUUAUAUCAGUUAGCAAUAUGCCUAUUGUAAGGAAUGAAACUCAAGGUGGAAAAAUAACCAAUUACUUUGAUGUUACACCAAAAAUGCCAACUUACCUUGUUGCAUUUGUGAUUGGUGAAUUUUCUUUCAAAACAGUAUUUGCAGUGAACUCAAAAAAUAAAGUACAGAUGGACUUUUAUGCUCCGACAAACCAAAUUAAUCAAAUUGAUUUUUCAAUGGAUGUUGGCUCAAAGAUUUUACCUUAUUUUGAAUCUUUUUAUAAUGUCACAUAUCCUCUUCCUAAAGCAGAUAUGAUUGCACUUCCUGAUUUUGCUGCUGGUGCAAUGGAGAACUGGGGAUUAAUGACUUAUCGAUUGACAGCUUUACUUUAUGACCCAAAAGAAUCCGCUCUUAGUAACAAAGAAUAUGUUGCUUCAGUGGUGUCUCAUGAAUUAGCUCACAUGUGGUUUGGUAAUAUUGUUACAAAUGAAUGGUGGUCAGAUUUAUGGUUGAAUGAAGGGUUUGCUUCUUAUGUUGAAUAUUUAGGUGUUGCUAAAUGUUUUCCAGAAUGGGAUUUUCUUGAUGAUCAAGUAAUUUCUGAUCGAGCUACUGCAUUAAAGUUGGAUGCUCUUGUUACUUCCCAUCCAAUCUUUAUUGAAGUUAACCAUCCAGAUGAAAUCAGUGAGAUUUUUGAUGCAAUCACUUAUCAAAAGGGUGGUUUUAUUUUAAGAAUGUUAAACAGGUUUCUUGGUGAUGCUGAUUUUCAGAAAGGAGUCAAUAUUUAUUUAAACAAAAAUCUUUUUGGCAAUGCAAAAACAAAAGAUCUUUGGGAUGCACUAAAAGAGGCAUCUGGUGAUAAAUACAAUGUAUCUGAAAUAAUGGACACAUGGACUCUUCAAAUGGGUUUUCCAGUAGUGAGUGUCAAACCUAUUUCAGGAGGCUUUGAGGUUACUCAAUCUCGAUUUUAUGCAGACAGAAAUCCAGAGUUAAAGAAAUCUAAGUUUAAUUCAACCUAUGACUACAAAUGGAUGAUUCCAUUUUCUUAUACUGUUCUUAACAAAAUAUCUGGAAUAUGGACAAAAAGUGAAAUCAAAACUGAGUUGUUAAAAAUGAAUAACAUAAAUCUCAAUGUCAAUGGUUUAUUAAUAAAAGGAAAUGCUCUACAAGAUGGUUUUUAUCGAGUUAACUAUGAUUCUAAUGGAUGGAGUAAUUUCAUAGAAAUUCUUAAAACAAAUCAUACAAUAUUUGAUGUAAAAGAUCGUGCUGGAUUAAUAUCUGAUGUUUUUGCUUUUGCUGAUUCUGGUCUUGUUAGCUAUACUGUUGCUUUGGAUUUGAUUGCUUAUGCUGGUAAUGAAACUGAAUACAUCCCGUGGGCAGCUGUACGUGAUGCUACAACAUCAAUACGUUCAUUGUUACCACAAGGUGGAAAAGCUUCCAAUUUGUUUAAAAAAUUUCUUCUUCAGAAAGUUCGAAAAUUGUUUGACAUAUAUGGGUUUGAAAAUGUAGCUAAUUAUAAAGAAAGACAUUUACAAGUUAUUGUGGCUGCCUUUGCAUGUAGUAGUGGUUAUAUCAACUGUUUAAAAAAUGCCACUACACUUUUUGACAACUGGAUGAAUUCACCAAGCACUAACAAUAUACCACCAGACUUUCGAAAUAUUGUUUAUUACUAUGGUGUUUAUAAUGGUGGGGAGAAAGAAUGGGAUUUCUUAUACAAUCAAUACCUAACCUCCACUGUUGCUUCGGAAAGAACAAAACUGUUUUAUGGCAUGUCUGCUUCACAGGAAACAUGGCUUAUUGAUAGAUAUUUACACCGUGCUUUAAACAAAACUAUUGUAAAAGACCAAGAUUUUUCAUUUGUUGUUCAGUAUGUUUCCAAUAACAAUGCUGCGGGAAGAUAUUUAGCAUUCUCUUUCUUAAAAGAAAAAUGGGCAGAAAUAUCUGACAGAUUUACAAAAUCAUUUUUUACAUUGAAACGUGUGUUUGAAGCAAUUACUUCUGGAUUUUCACGCGAAUAUGAACUAGAAAUGUUACAAACUUUUGUGAAAUCAAUUAAAGAUCAAGGUACAGCUAAACGCAUAAUAGAACAGGCUCAAGAAAAAAUUCGCGCUAAUAUUGAAUGGAAAAAAUAUAAUGAGAAAGUUAUUGAAAAAUGGUUAGUGGAUCAGAAAUUAGAAUGAAGAAAUCAAAUUACAUUUAUUAAAACCAAUCUGACGGUUUGUGUAAAAAAUAAUUUCGCCCAAUUAUCACUAACAGUGUUGAAAUAACAAAGAACAUGAAAUUUAGUACAA